CUAGAAAACAUUCCGGAACGAAGGAGGGGUUGAUGGGUCUGGGCUGAGCGCCGCCCCGAGCUGUGGGGGUGAACUUUGUCACAAAUAUCCCUCAGCUGGAUUGUUUGCGCGUCCCGUGUCGAUCAGUGGCUGAUGCCUCCUGUGCAGUGCGCUCUGCAAAAUGUACAUCUGGUUCACUGUUUUAGCCGGGCUGGCUGUCCUGUCCCUGUCAUUCUUCAAGACGCUUUUCCCUUACUUCGGCGCGGACUGCAUAUACAUCCUGAGGAGCAUCAAACUUGGCAUCAGGCUCACCAAGUACAAGAAAAUCAAACCUUUUUACAGCAUCGUGGAUUGCUUCUUGGAUGCAGCGAGGACGCAUCCCGCUAAGACCUUCCUGCACUUUGAAGGGCGACAGUAUUCUUAUGGCGAAGUCGAUAAACAGAGCAACAAGGUGGCCAGAGCUCUGCGGGCUGAAGCCCAGCUGAAGGAGGGGGACCCGGUCGCCCUGUUUCUGGCCAACGAACCCAGUUUCGUGUGGAUUUGGCUCGGCCUGGCCAAGCUGGGCUGCCCGGCUGCUCUGCUUAACUUUAACAUCAGAUCCAAGUCUCUGCUGCACUGUUUCUCCUGCUGCGGGGCCAAAGUGAUCAUCGCCUCUGCAGAGCUGCAGGAUGCUGUGGAGGAGGUUUUGCCGACGCUGAGAGAGCAGGGUAUCAGCGUGUUCCUCCUCUCAGAGAGCUGCAGCGUACAGGGCAUCAACGCUUUGUCUGACAAGAUCGCACAGGCCUCGGAUCAGCCGCUGUCCCCGGACCUGAGGGCCAACGUUAACAUCAGGAGCACUGCUCUGUACAUCUACACGUCAGGCACCACAGGUUUGCCCAAAGCAGCAGUUGUCACUCAUGAGAGGGUCUGGGCCGCCUCCUUCAUCCAAGCGGCGUGUGGAAUCACAGCAGAGGACAUCUUCUACAUCAAUCUGCCUCUCUAUCACAGCGCAGGCUUCCUCAUCGGGUUGGCUGGCGCCAUCGAGAGAAGUAUGACCGUUGUUCUGAGGAGAAAGUUCUCUGCGUCUCAGUUCUGGGACGACUGCAGGAAGUACAAUGUGACAGUGAUGCAGUACAUCGGCGAAACAAUGCGCUACCUCUGCAACACGCCCAAGAAAGACAACGACAGGAACCACAGGGUGAAGAUCGCAAUCGGCAACGGAGUCCGAACAGAUGUUUGGUCCGAGUUUCUGAAUCGCUUCGGGGACAUCAAAGUCAGAGAGCUGUACGCUGCCACAGAGGGAAACAUCGGCUUCAUCAACUACACGUCCAAGAUCGGAGCAGUUGGUAGAGUCAAUCCGGUCCACAGGUUUUUCUUCCCCUACACUUUGAUCAAGUUUGACAUUGAGAAGGAGGAACCCGUCAGGAACUCUGAGGGUCUGUGUGUCGUGGCAGCCAGAGGUGAGACGGGACUUUUGGUGGGAAGGAUUACUCAGAGGUCUCCUUUUGUUGGUUACGCUGGCAACAAGCAGCAGACUGAAAAGAAGAGGCUUUGUGAUGUGUUGAAAAAAGGCGACAUAUACUUCAACACUGGAGAUUUGCUUCGGUUUGAUCACCAGAACUUUGUGUACUUUCAGGAUCGAGUUGGCGACACUUUCAGGUGGAAAGGCGAGAACGUGGCCACAUCAGAGGUUGCGGACAUUCUCACAAUGGCUCAAUGCAUUUUGGAGGCAAAUGUCUAUGGUGUUAAAGUGGAAGGUCACGAGGGGCGGAUCGGCAUGGCGGCUGUUGUUUUGAAAGAAGGAGAAGAUUUUGACUGUCGGGACACCUGCAAACAGGUCGUCAACUACCUCCCAUCUUACGCAAGACCUCGAUUCAUCAGGAUUCAGCCCUGCCUGGAGAUGACGGGGACAUACAAGAUGAAGAAGGUGAGGCUGGUGGAGGAGGGAUUCAACCCAGCUCACGUCAAAGAUCCUCUCUACUUUUUAGAUCCUGAGAAAAGGAUGUACGUUCCCCUGACUGAGGAGAUCUACAGAGCAAUCGCUUCGAGGGAAAUAAAGCUCUAACACGGGUACUUCGUCGGCGAUCAGAUAACGUGUUUGUUUACAAAGUAGCAGCUCAUUCAUGGACCUUUUAAGUCAACUUAUCGUUAACUAACCAGAGUGACUUUACAUCAUGUUUUUUAAAUGAACACAACUACUGUGCAUCUCUUUAGCUUUUCUGUUCCAUAAUCCUGACCAUAAUGUGACGUACAGGUAUGUCUCACUGCCACUGUUGUACUUUUAAUAAUUAAAUUCUGGUUAUCUUUUA